UAGAACACAAUUUGUGAACAUGAGUGUAGAAGUUGGAGGAAGGUUUAAAUGUCUUCCCAGGUUUCAGCUGGAGACUAUUGUUUUGGUGCUUUUGAUUUCUCCUUCCUUGAUCAAUGGGGCUAAAUGCAUUCUAUUCAACUUCGGAGACUCAAACUCAGACACUGGAGGUCUCAUGGCUGGGCUUGGCCUCUACCUUGGUCCACCAGCUGGUCGACAAUUCUUUCACCGGACUACCGGGCGGUUCUGCGAUGGCCGACUGUACAUUGACUUCCUAUGUGAAGGUUUAAAGAUAAAAUUUUUGAGCCCAUAUAUGGAGUCAUCAGGUUCAGACUACACAAACGGAGUGAACUUUGCUGUGGCUGGCACAGCUACUGAUGCCAAUGGUAUUCCCUUUCCAUUGUCCACUCAAGUUCUUCAGUUCCUUCACUUCAAAAAUCGCACACGAGGACUAUUUCCUCAAGGAUCAGGAUCAAUGAUCAGUGAAAAGGGCUUUCAGAAUGCUGUUUACUCGUUCGACAUGGGGCAAAAUGAUAUCGCCACACCCUUAAAUGCCAAUUCAAGCUACUCUCAAGUCAUCGAGACAACUCCAGCUAUUCUUUCUAGGAUCGAAGAUGCAAUUUUGAAUGUAUAUAACAAUGGAGGAAAGAAGUUCUUAAUCUACAACACUGGACCCUUAGGCUGCCUGCCACAAAAGCUUGCACUGCAACAGCAAAUCUACAGUGAGCUUGACUCAUAUGGUUGUCUUGCAGCUCACAACAAUGUUAGCAAAGCUUUUAACACUGGUUUGAGUGUCCUCCUUGAUCAACUGAAUUCUCAAUAUACCAAUGCAACAUUUGUUUAUGUCGAUAUAUUCAGAAUCAAGUAUGAUCUCGUCGCCAAUCAUACCAAAUACGGUAUUGACAAUCCAUUAAUGGCUUGCUGUGGAUUUGGUGGACCUCCAUACAAUUAUGUUUUUAGAAAAACUUGUGGUGAACCAAAUGUGCAGCCAUGCUCCAACGCUUCACGGUACCUGAGCUGGGAUGGAGUUCACAAUACUGAAGCUGCCAAUUCAAUAAUCGCUUCCAAGAUACUGUCCGGGAAGUACUCAAAGCCCCCCGAUCAAGUUACAGACUCUCUGCAAAGCCUGAUUCCAAGCCCUUAAACAUUCAACCCGAUAAACUGA